UAUUCCCACGCUUUUCUGUAACGGCUUGCAGUGCUCGUUGCUCCACCCAUCGCCGUCAGUUCCCUGGUACCCCAGCUCACGACCUUCACGCCCAAAAUGCGCCCCUUCUUCUUCGCUGUUGUUGCUCUCUUUGCUGCCUUUGCAGAGGCACAGCUGACGGAAACAAUCGUUGAUGCGAACGCCGAGUCGGUGGUUAUCGUCGUUUCUACGAACACACUGUUGGGGGUUAUUACUACGGAGACACUAGAAACGUUGACCGGGACGACGACGGCGACCACCAAUACCCGUACUAGAGCUACGACGGCUACGACAACGGCUACAACAGCGACCACCACACUCGCUCAAGGUGGUGGCGUUGUUGGUGCCCCAGCAACCACAACCAACGACGAUCCUCAUGGGCCAACGCCCUACACAUACACCACCGUCAUCGGUGGAAUCACAACAUUGAUAGAGGACACUUUCACGCCAACAUUCCCCGCCACUACACCUUCAACAGCCCCUGCUACUGGGUCGAUAAUGGCCUUUAGCCAGUACCAGUCAAUAUACGGAACUGUAAGCGCCUCGAGCGCGAAUUCGGCGGCAGUGGUCCUGGUAUCGCAGAAGGCAUUGAUGGGAUUGGUCGCGACGACGGUGGUCUGUUUGCUGGGCGGUGUUUGGACAAUACUUCCAUGAGAGUAAUGGACGAAGAUAUUGUUAACAGUGUUGGGAUUGCAUACAUUUUGCUUAGUAUCUUGCUUUUUCCCUCUCAUCAUUAGGCGUUCGAAGGACUUUAUUAAUCAUAUUACAUGCCCUUGCAAUACCCAUAGCAUUGACCCAAUGAGCUAUGUAAUUAUGGGCAGGUAGUAAUUGUCACGAGGUGC